AUGGGGCAGCGCUGCCCGUGGGUCUGCGGGGGCUGCCCGGCGGUGCCAGCCCUGCCCUGCCCUGCCCUGCCCUGCCGGCACCGCUGGAUGUGCUCUGCGUGCGCCUCGCUUCGCGUUACUGCCCGAGCGCCGCCGCGGCGAAGCGAGGGACAAGCGGGAGUUGGGGGGCCCGCGCUGGGUAAACCUUGGCUUGCACACUUCCAGUUCAUAUUUAUGCUUGGAAAAACAGGACAGCAGAACUUAGAGAAGUCUUCCUUCCCUCCCCAGGGCUUUUGGAAUGAGACCCUGCCUGAGCUGAUCACACAAGAGGCAGCUGCUGAAGGGGGCCUGAUUUGCAGCUUCCGAGGAACUGUUCCGCAAGGCUUGGUCCUGGAACUAGGUGAAACUGUCCAGAUCCUGGAGAAAUGUGAAGGUUGGUACAGAGGUGUUUCCAUUAAGAAGCCCAGUGUCAAGGGGAUUUUUCCUGCAAAUUAUAUUCACUUGAAAAAGGCAAUUGUCAGUAACAGAGGGCAAUAUGAAACAGUUGUUCCUCUGGAAGAUUCUGUGGUGACUGAAGUCACAGCAACUCUGCAGGAAUGGGCUGUGCUCUGGAAACAGCUGUAUGUGAAGCAUAAGGUCGAUCUUUUCUACAAGCUGCGGCACGUGAUGAAUGAGCUCAUUGACCUCCGCAGGCAGCUGCUCUCAGGGCACCUGACACAGGACCAGGUGCGAGAGGUCAAGAGACACCUCACAGUGAGGCUGGACUGGGGCAAUGAACAUUUGGGCCUUGACUUAGUUCCACGCAAGGACUUUGAGGUUGUGGAUUCAGAUCAGAUCAGUGUUUCAGACCUUUAUAAAAUGCAUUUGUCAAGUAGACACAGUGUCCAGCAGAGCACAUCACAGGUGGACACGAUCCGUCAGCGGCACGGGGAAGCCUGUCGGAUGCCGGUGCCUCAUCACUUCUUCCUCAGCCUGAAAAGCUUCACCUACAACACCAUUGGAGAGGACACAGAUGUCUUUUUUUCUUUGUACGAUGUCCGGGAAGGCAAACAGAUCAGUGAGAGGUUCAUGGUGAGGUUAAACAAGAACGGAGGCCCCAGGAAUCCAGAGAAGAUCGAUCGAAUGUGUGCACUUUUCACAGAUCUCAGCAGCAAGGACAUGAAGAGGGAUUUGUACAUAGUUGCCCAUGUAAUCCGAAUAGGUCGCAUGUUGCUCAAUGACUCCAAGAAGGGCCCCCCCCACCUGCACUAUCGGCGCCCCUAUGGCUGUGCGGUGCUCAGCAUCAUGGAUGUGCUCCAGUCCAUCUCGGAAAUCAAGGAAGAGAAGGACUUUGUGCUCAAAGUUUACACGUGUAACAAUGAAAACGAAUGGUGCCAGAUCCAUGAAAACAUCAUCCGCAAGUCCAGCACCAAAUACACAGCCCCCAGCUCCAACUAUGGACUUAUAAUAUCUCUUCAGCUUCUUCGUGGUGACAUGGAGCAGAUCCGAAGGGAAAACCCCAUGAUCUUUAACAGAGGCGUUUCUGUCACCAGGAAGUUGGGAUUUCCUGAUGUUAUAAUGCCAGGUGACAUCCGGAAUGACCUGUACCUGACCCUGGAGAAGGGGGACUUUGAAAGGGGUGGCAAAAGUGUGCAGAAGAACAUCGAGGUGACCAUGUACGUGCUCUAUGCCGAUGGAGAAAUCCUGAAAGACUGCAUCAGCCUGGGCUCGGGGGAGCCGAGCAGGAGCGCCUACCACUCCUUUGUGCUGUACCACAACAACAGCCCGCGCUGGGGGGAGAUCAUCAAACUGCCCAUCCCCAUCGACCGCUUCCGCGGCUCCCACCUGCGCUUCGAGUUCCGCCACUGCUCCACAAAAGACAAGGGAGAAAAGAAGCUCUUUGGUUUUGCAUUCACCCCAUUGAUGAGAGAUGAUGGCACGACCUUGUCGGAUGAUAUCCAUGAGCUUUAUGUUUAUAAGUGUGAUGAGAACAGCACGUUCAACAACCACGCGCUCUACCUGGGGCUGCCGUGCUGCAAGGAGGAUUACAAUGGCUGCCCCAACAUCCCCUCCAGCCUCAUCUUCCAGCGCAGCACCAAGGAGACCUUCUCAGUCUCCACACAGCUCUCUUCUACCAAACUGACCCAGAAUGUGGAUCUGCUUGCCCUGCUCAAAUGGAAAGCUUACCCAGAUCGAGUGAUGGAUAUUCUGGGAAGACUGAGACAUGUCAGUGGCGAGGAGAUUGUUAAGUUCCUACAAGAUAUUCUGGACACGUUGUUUGUAGUUUUGGAUGACAACACAGAGAAGUAUGGUCUGUUGGUCUUCCAGUCUCUGGUGUUCAUCAUCAACCUGCUCCGUGACAGCAAGUACUUCCACUUCCGCCCCGUCAUGGACACCUACAUCCAGAAGCACUUUGCAGGAGCUCUGGCUUACAAGGAGCUGAUCCGCUGUCUGAAGUGGUACAUGGACCGCUCGGCCGAGCUCGUGCGCCAGGACCACAUCCAGGAGGCAAUGAGAGCCUUGGAAUAUCUUUUCAAGUUCAUUGUCCAAUCUCGGAUCCUUUACUCCAGAGCUACUUGUGGAAUGGAGGAGGAGCAGUUCCGCUCCAGCAUCCAGGAGCUUUUCCAGUCCAUCAGAUUUGUGCUCAGCUUGGACAGCAGGAGCUCUGAGACUCUCAUCUUCACACAGGCUGCCCUGCUGAACUCGUUCCCUGCCAUCUUUGACGAGCUGCUGCAGAUGUUCACGGUGCAGGAGGUGGCAGAGUUCGUGCGGGGCACGCUGGGCAGCAUGCCCAGCACCGUGCACAUCGGCCAGUCCAUGGACGUGGUGAAGCUGCAGUCCAUCGCCCGCACGGUCGACAGCCGCCUCUUCUCCUUCUCAGAGUCCCGGCGCAUCCUGCUGCCUGUAGUCCUUCACCACAUUCACCUCCACCUACGACAGCAGAAGGAGCUGCUAAUCUGCUCUGGGAUUCUCAGUAGUAUCUUCUCCAUUAUCAAGACCAGUUCUUUGGAGGGAGAUGUCGUGGAGGAGGUUGAGAUGAUGGUGGAGAGCCUCCUGGAUGUGCUGUUACAAACUCUGCUCACAAUCAUGAGUAAAUCGCAGUCUCAGGAGGCGGUAAGAGGGCAGCGCUGCCCGCAGUGCACAGCAGAAAUCACUGGAGAAUAUGUCUCCUGCCUUUUAUCUUUGCUUCGUCAGAUGUCAGACACUCACUUCCAGCACUUACUGGACAACUUCCAAAGCAAGGAUGAACUGAAGGAGUUCCUCCUGAAGAUUUUCUGUGUGUUUCGGAACCUGAUGAAGAUGAGUGUCUUUCCUCGAGACUGGAUGGUGAUGAGGUUGCUCACCAGCAAUAUCAUAGUUACAACAGUUCAGUACUUGUCUUCUGCCCUGCAUAAGAAUUUCGCAGAAACGGACUUCGAUUUUAAAGUGUGGAACUCUUAUUUCAGCCUGGCAGUUUUGUUCAUAAACCAGCCAAGUCUCCAGCUAGAAAAUGCCACCCCACCUAAGAGGAAGAAGAUUCUGGAUAAGUAUGGUGAUAUGAGAGUGAUGAUGGCCUAUGAGCUCUUCAGCAUGUGGCAGAACCUGGGUGAGCACAAGAUUCACUUUAUUCCGGGAAUGAUUGGCCCCUUUCUGGGUGUUACACUUGUUCCACAACCAGAAGUCAGGAAUAUCAUGAUCCCAAUCUUCCAUGACAUGAUGGACUGGGAGCAGAGAAAGAAUGGCAACUUCAAACAGGUGGAAGCUGAGCUGAUCGAUAAGCUGGACAGCCUGGUGUCUGAAGGAAAAGGUGAUGAGAACUACAGGGAACUCUUCAGCCUGCUAACCCAACUCUUUGGGCCUUAUCCCAGUUUGCUGGAGAAGAUUGAGCAGGAAACUUGGCGGGAGACUGGAAUCUCUUUUGUCACAUCCGUCACUCGUCUCAUGGAGCGUCUGCUCGACUACAGGGACUGUAUGAAAGGAGAUGAAACAGAAAACAAGAAGAUUGGCUGCACUGUUAACCUUAUGAAUUUCUACAAAUCUGAAAUUAACAAGGAGGAGAUGUACAUCCGCUAUAUCCACAAGCUGUGUGACAUGCACCUACAGGCUGAGAACUACACAGAGGCUGCAUUCACUUUGCUUUUGUACUGUGAGUUGCUUCAGUGGGAGGACAGACCUCUGAGAGAGUUCCUGCAUUACCCAUCUCAGUCAGAGUGGCAACGUAAGGAAGGUCUGUGCCGUAAGAUUAUCCAUUACUUCAACAAAGGGAAGAGCUGGGAGUUCGGCAUCCCGCUGUGCCGAGAGCUGGCCAUGCAGUACGAGAGCCUCUAUGAUUACCAGAGCCUCAGCUGGAUCCGGAAAAUGGAAGCUACCUAUUAUGACAAUAUCAUGGAACAGCAGCGCUUAGAACCGGAGUUUUUCAGAGUUGGUUUUUAUGGUCGAAAAUUCCCAUUUUUCCUGCGGAACAAAGAAUAUGUGUGUCGGGGCCACGACUAUGAGAGGCUGGAAGCCUUCCAGCAGAGGAUGCUGAGCGAGUUCCCCCAAGCCAUUGCAAUGCAGCAUCCAAACCACCCUGAUGACUCCAUCUUGCAGUGUGAUGCCCAGUAUUUACAGAUCUAUGCAGUGACUCCCAUCCCAGACAAUAUAGACGUGCUGCAAAUGGACCGUGUCCCUGAUCGCAUCAAGAGCUUUUACCGCGUCAACAACAUCCGCAAGUUCCGCUACGACAGACCCUUCCACAAGGGCCCCAAGGACAAGGAGAACGAGUUCAAGAGCUUGUGGAUUGAACGCACCACUCUGACCCUGACUCACAGUUUGCCUGGGAUCUCUCGUUGGUUUGAAGUGGAGAGAAGAGAACUGGUUGAAGUAAGUCCUUUGGAAAAUGCCAUUCAAGUGGUAGAGAACAAAAACCAGGAGCUGAGGACACUGAUAAGCCAGUACCAGCAUAAGCAAAUGCAUGGCAACAUUAAUCUUCUCAGCAUGUGUCUGAACGGAGUGAUUGAUGCCGCCGUUAACGGGGGAAUUGCACGGUACCAGGAGGCCUUUUUUGAUAAGGAUUAUAUCACAAAGCACCCUGGAGACGCAGAGAAGAUCACCCAGCUCAAGGAACUCAUGCAGGAACAGGUUCAUGUCCUAGGAGUGGGUCUGGCAGUCCAUGAGAAAUUUGUACACCCUGAAAUGCGUCCCCUGCAUAAGAAACUGAUAGAUCAGUUCCAGAUGAUGCGAUCCAGCCUGUACCAUGAGUUACCUGGUUUGGAUAAGCUGAGCCCUGCCUGCUCUGGCUCCAGCACCCCCCGCAGCAACGUGCUGGUGUCCCACGGCCCCAUGAGCCCAGAGAGCAUCAAGCUGGUGCAUCGACACAGCCCACUGAACAUGCUUGGUUCAGUGAGACACUCCUCAUCCUCUCUGUCGUCGCACACCUCCAGUGAAACAGGAAACCUGGUUAUCCUGACAGACAGUUCUGUGGGGGAGACUGCUGAGGAUAUGUACCACAUGCAGGCUAGUCCUUCCACCUCCAGCCUGAGCUCCACUCACUCGGCACCAUCCCAGAUGAUUAACUCUGCCCCCUCCAGUGCUCGAGCGCUGGUGAAAGGUGCUGGAUUGACACCACUGGAGGCUGAAGCCCUCUAUUUACCCACAGAGCAGAUACAGCAUGGGAGGCAGCUGUGCAAGUUCCCCCACGCUGCCCCCACCCAUGUGCCUCAUCUCUGUCCUGGAGGGACCACCUCUAGAGGCUCUCCCUCUCUACCAGAUAAGUACCGCCACUCUCGGGAGAUGAUGAUGCUGCUGCCGGCGCACCGGGACCGACCCAGCAGCGCCAUGUAUCCCGCAGCUAUCAUGGAAAACGGACAGCCUCCAAAUUUCCAGCGCGCCUUGAUCCAACAAAUGAUUGGACCAUGCAAACCUUGCAGUGAUCCCAACCUGUCUGUGGCUGAGAAAGGACACUACUCACUGCACUUUGAUGCCUUCCACCACCAGCUCAGUGAUGCUCCUCCAGCACUGCCCGCCCGAACGUUACGCAAGUCCCCUCUUCAUCCUAUCCCUGCAUCGCCCACCAGUCCACAGUCUGGUCUAGAUGGCAGUAACUCCACUUUAUCGGGCAGUGCCAGCAGUGGUGUCUCUUCCUUGAGCGAGAGCAAUUUUGGACAUUCUUCUGAACCACCUCCUCGCACAGACACCAUGGAUUCUGUGCCCAGCCAGGCCUGGAACACUGAUGAAGAUCUAGAGACACCCUACCUCCCUGUCAGGUACAGUCUCUCUGAGCCUGAUGUCCUGGAGUCGCUCAAAUCCCAGCCAUGCCGAAGCCACUCUGCUCCAUCUGGAGUCAUUCCUCAGGACACCAUGGACCCUCCUGCUUUACCCCCCAAACCUUACCACUCCCGGCUGCCAAACAUGGAGAACGAGGAGGGGAUGAUCAUUGAAGAUGAUGACAAACACCGCCCAUUGCAUCGUAAAGUGUCCCAGCCAGUGAGUGGUGGAAAGGAGGAGCAGGCCAGGGUGGCCUGGGAGCAUGGCAUCAGCGAGCAGUAGGGACAGCUCCUGGUACCCAGCUGGCAUUGGCAUUCCAGGUCUGGAUACAACAGAGAGAGAGCAGGACUCGGAGAACAGCAAACCGAUUUUCUACUGCCGCAAGGUUACGUCUGAAGCCCACAAAUGCAAUUGGGCCAGCAUGGCAGGUUGCUGCUUUCCUUUUUAAUUUCUUUUUACACCUUUCCGUUAUGUUUUUUAACUUUCUGUGCAGUGGACAGUUUAUUCCUUCUGCAGUUUCUUAACCACAUCAUACGGCAUAUGAGCCAUAGAGACUUGCAGAAGCUGAAAAAUACAAUUUUAAGUGGAGGGGAAAAUGGGAGGAAUGUGGCAAGUUGAUUUUGAACCUGCUUUCCUCCCAGUUCUGAGACGCACAUGAGUAGAAGCAGUUGCACUAGGGACAUAUUUCUUUGCUGUACAGAAUUGAAAGCUCAUUGCUGAAAUCAGGGAUUCUAUGAACUGUCAGGCUGGAAGGUGCAUGAGCUGCAGGCAGUGGAAAGAUGGCAAUUCUAAGAAGAAAUUGGCUCUUUUGAGAGCAGGAUUGUAUAUAUCUGUGCAGUGAUCUCCCUGCAUUGGUUCAUAGGUGCUGAGGCAAUCUAAGCAGUGCUGAUGCACUGAUCUCCAAGAUAUCGUUUCCAACAAACUCUGCCUCCUUUGUUUUUUAUGUACUGUUUCAUUUCUUAAAUUUUGCUUUCACUGGCUAAGCCAACCUGCUUUCUCUCAUGGGAAUCGUGUCAUUCAUCUGUGCUACAGAAUGAGAGGAGGUUGGUGGCUACUGGAGCUACAACCUCAUUGUAGGCCUUUCCCAUGCCCAGCUUUGGGCAGGCUGUUGACACCAGCAUUUCUAUUCCAGAUUAAAACAAAACCAACCAAAUUGAGUUUCUCAUGCCACAAGCUGGUUGAUGACCCAGCCAGUAAAGAAAAAGUGGCUUAAAUGCAUCAUAUCCAACAAUCCUUGCCUCAGGGCUGAACAUCAUAAUUCUCACCCACGUGCAUCACCCAGGAGCUGAGAUUCAUUCCUGUUAAUAUCCUCAGUCCCUCCCAACAACUCACUGCAGCUGGUGUGCAGAAAGAACCUCCCAUCUCUCAGAGCAGACAGAAAACACCAAGACUCGAGCAAUGCCCGGUAUCAAGUGUACACCCCAGAGUCAGGGACCUUAAAGGCAACCUGUAAAGAACAAGUGUUUGUUUCCUCUUUUGCUUCUUUAGAAUGUGUAG